GUCAGCCAGGUGCCAUCACGCUUCCUUGAUAAACACCUACUUUAAUUUCACCGUGACAUUUCUACUGCGUUUUCGCUGAACAACUACACUGAGCAGUUGCUAUUCUACUAGACACGAUGGAUUUUGACCUUGCGUCAGCUGUGGGAAAGGAUGAAGUGAAGAAGGAAGACGCCUCUGGCCAGGAGCAGCAGUUCUCCUUUGGCUUUGGGAAGAAGGACAAAGACAAGAGCAAGGACAAGAGUGACUGCAAAGGCAAGGACAAGGACCACAAGGAUAAAGACCACAGCAAGAAGGACAAGGAGCACAAGGAUAAAGACCACAAGAAGGAGCACAAGGAUAAAGGCCACAAGAAGGAGCACAAAGACAAGGAUCACAAGAAGAAGGACAAGAAGCACAAACCUGGAGGACACAAGUCAGGCUCAGGCUCCUCUUCUUCUUCUGACAGUGAUUAGAAGACUGAAUUCAUCACAGUUGAGCAUCUGCAGUUUGAAAGCUCAGAUGUUCCACAAUGACGCCGUUCUUGCUUCACUAUUUUCUUGUUGUUUAUGCUGAUUUAUAUAUGCUGAUAUAAUGUGAAUACUAAUGCCAAAUAAACAAGGAUUACACAUGG